AUGUAUUUGCUGCGAUAUCUCAAGAUUCAUCUUCCCUACACUUCCGAAUAUGUAACAGUUACCGUACUUGGAAAAUACACUAUCGCCAACCCGACAAACAAGAACGAGCUGGUCCCUAUCGGCUUUCGUUCGCAGCGUCGCUUCUACUCUCUCAGCGAUCCCUCCAAAAUCAUCGUGUACAACAAUGAGAUCAUGGACGGAGGGAAGCACCUGGGUCCCGUGUUCAAGGUUUGGAACACCGAGGGCUUCUGUCUGGAGGAACUGUCCAGUGAUGUCGCAUGGCUGGUCAUUCUCCGACGCAUGGCAAAACUGAAGAACGAGGAGCCUCCUUGCUCUGUCGAUGGCGCUGCAGCCUUCGGCUAUUCCUUACCCUACAUCGCUUCUGCGAUCGAAAAGCUGCCAUCCGCUUGGCAUCCUUCCUGUAUCGGCUACGCGAUCUACGACUACAUCCCUUCCCUGGAAAACCCGAGCGAGAUUUCCCCGGUGUUUAUGGGUCGCCGCUGGAUUUUCUGCUUUUACUGCAGCUUGUGCCACUUGCCGGGCCGCUAUGACUGCAACCUGUUAUCGACAGACGCGGAGAAGGGCAUGAUCGAGAUCGAUAACGCGGACAUUCAGCAGAGCAACGCAGCGAAGGUGCUCUGGUCGUCGAAGGAGUAUUGCUCGCAAGCGAAGAUGUGGGAGUGCUACAAUCAGCCGCUGCGGCAAUAUACGCUUCCGGUCCUGGACGACACCCGAAUCAAUUUCAAAAAGACCGUCGAAGCCGCACUCCAGACUCAACAGAUCCAGGAAAAUAUCGAUGCGAAGUCGCUGAUUGUUUACAAGGAGCUGCUGCUCCACGAGAACUGUCUGAAAAUCUACCAACGCAACAUCAAAACCCAGAUCAACGCAGAAAAAACGCGAUUAGAGACAAUCGUUAAGGAGUCCAUUCAGCGAUACAGCUUCUCGAUCCACAGCAACGUCUCUAUGCGCACCUUCUGCAUCGAAAAAACAGAAAAGGGUACGGAAUACUUCGUGUUUCGUGGCGACGAGCAUCACAUUUUUGUUCACGAGAGCGAUGGAUCUUGGAGCGUCAUCGACGACGAAUCUUUUUUGCACUCCCAAGUGCGCCAGGCCAAGAAAGACACCGAUCUCUGGAGCCACUUGGCCAGUCUCUCUCUACAUCUCACCAAGUAUCCCUUCCCCGCGGGAGAUCCGGAGAGUUCCGACGGUCCCCGCGGUCCCCGCGAGCCCCUGCCGAUGGUGGAUUCCAUGUGUUCCGUCGGCAUUCCCAGGCUCCGCGCGUUCCUCUCCAUCAAGCAGAUGUAUCCCCAGUACUUCGCAGAUGGACGGCUGUCGCAGUGCCCGGAGUGCGGAACAGUAUUCCUUCCCACGGCACGCUGUCCGUAUGGACACAUCCGCGCCGAAUCUCCGGAGAUCGUUCGGUUGGCGCGAUGUCUCCUCAUCCAAUUUGAACUGGGAAUCACGUUUGCCUUCAUGUCGAAAAAGAGUCAGGAAGAAUGGACUCCGAGGCGUCGACUCAUGUGGCUGAAGCAGGUGUCCGUAGCGAUGAAUCCGAGCCAGUUCAUGACGCUGCUGUUUAUCGUGGAGCGAUUUAUCUCGAAUACCGCGUACUUGUUGCCUUAA